CCAAAAAGUUAAAAAUUCAAAACAUGGCGGCCAAAGUUGGCGUAAGUAGGUAAGUAAUCGUUCAUUUACUUCACCAAAAAUUUAUAAAAUCGCCAAUUUUUAUCGUGUUCUUAGCGCCAUAAAAUUGUUUGAAUGAUUGAAAUAUUUUGCUUGGUUUUAGUUCGCGAUAUAAGGAUGCCUUAGAGCAAACGUCGGCGUACAAUGCGCGGUUAGGCUUUGAACGUAAACAAAGGAGUCCAUUCCUCGACUCUCAAACCGGCGUAGCUCAAGUUAGUUGUCAUCUGUGGAAAAGUAAGUUAUCAAGACGAGCACCAGCUUACCCGUAUCAAAUAUGUAGCUACCCUGGACGUCGCUGGAAGCGAAAGCCUCGCGAACGGGUCGUUGAACAAGAAAGCGAACCAGUGGUUGAAGAAUCGCCUCAAGGUCGGUAUAUAUUUUGGAGGAAACUUUACUUGUUUAGGAUGGUUUUUAUACAGGGAAUAUUUUUAUACAGGGAAUAUUUUUAUAUUUGUAUAUUUUAUAUAGAGAGGUUUAUUGGUGUUUUUCAAUUGUUGCAAUUUUAAAAUUAGAAUAUGAAAAUAAUUUGUAACUUUUGGGUGGCCAAAGAUGUUGAAUUUUAAGAUGAAAAAGAUAGCAUUCUUUUGUGUAGAUUUUCUCGAUGUAUUUAUAGUGAAAUAUUUUAUCACUAGCCAGUGAUCUUACGAGAGGCAUUUUCCCCCUGAAAAUAUUCAAAAUGACAUGUUCAGGGGGGGGGGGGGUGAAUGCCUCUCAUAUGCACACUGCCUACAAACAUGUAGUGCAUUUUGUUGACGUCAUGGUGUGGUGGUGGGACUACUGUAUUAUCUCUAUUCUGUGCUGCUAGCAGGCUAUUCUGGUUUGUGUGACGAAACUACAGAAUAAGAUCAUAAGUACUUCAAUUUUUCAAACAAAUGCCUUUUUGGGGAAGUUAGUUGGGCUAACGCACAUGUUGAAUAAAUGCUAGAGAAACAUGCACAUCAAUAAGACCUGGGAUGGGCUCCCUGUGAUUUGAGAUGUACUCAUUCAGUCAUUCUGCUGUACAUAGUAACAAUGGCUUCAACCAGUGGCAUUGCUGUAAGUCAACCGGUGGUGCCUACUGUGGAAGCAAGCGUUAGCAAUGUCGAAGAAAAUACUGAGUCAGCAGAAGUUGAAGCUAUCAAAGAAAGUGAGGAGGAGAGUGAAGAAGAGUCGGACCCUGAUGAUGAUCAGAAUGCGCUGAAAGCAGGAAGAUUUGGCAGGCCAUCGAAGAAAGGUUUAAAUACAUUGGGCAUUCCUAAUUACAAGGUACAGUUCAGAUAGAUCUAAGGGUGGAGUCAAGGGGAGCUAGAGUCAGGUCCCCCUCCCCUAGAAUAACAUGAACACAUUCCUGGAAUAUCUGGCAUUCUUUGCCAGGGGAGCUUUAGGUAUACCCCUGUUCUCACAUUCUGGUGAUUAAAGAACUAUUGCUACCUUUAUCCUCCGGAAAACUAGUUGUCAACAGAAUUGUUGACAUUGCUAAAUUUUAUUGAUGUGUUUCUUAUCAAUCUAUUUUAUUUAAAUGAUGAAGGUUGAUCCAAGCACUCUUAAAAUAAAGAAUUAUACAAAAGAAGAAUUAGCCAAGAUGACUUAUGAAGAAAGGCAAAAACCUUAUAUUUGUGAGAGUAAGUUCUGCUGACUAUGUUGAUCAGUACAAGGCAUGUUUUGUGCUGCAGGACAGCAUCCUCCAAUUUUGGCCAACAUUGUGAAAAAGAGAGCCAAUACUACCGAGUCAAGCAACUUAAUUAUUUUUUCCCCUGUAUGUUUGUGUAUCCCAGCACUAUAAACUUAAUUAAACCCCAUCUCAAACUUUGAUUAUAUUACAUUCAUUUGCCAACUUUUAGUUUGUGGCAAACGAUAUAAAAAUGGUCCUGGGUUAAAAUAUCAUUACACACACUACAACCACGAUCAAGACGACUCAUCAAGCGACACAACAGAGGUCAACCCACCAGGCUCAGCUUUACCAGGCUCACCUAUGGUUGAGUCUAACCCACAACCCUCUGUUACGACUACUACAGUAGCGGUAACAAAGGAAAGUCAGCUGGGAAUUGUGAAUCCAAAUGACUAUUGUGAUUUUUGUCUGGGUGAUGCAACUAAAAAUAAGAAGACAUUGAUGUCAGAGGAACUGUUGUCUUGUGCAGACUGUGGACGGUGUGGUGAGUUACUUUACUGUCGUUCCAAUUGAAGUGUUGCUCAAAUAUUGAUUCAAUACAUUACCUCGGGCUGACCAAUUCAUUUCAUCAAGUUCCUCGAGAUAUUCAUCUUGUAUUUGAUAAUAUGUCUUGUUUCUCUUACAGGUCAUCCUAGUUGCUUGCAGUUUACAGAGAAACUUACUGCUAAAGUGAAACAAUAUCGAUGGCAGUGCAUUGAGUGUAAAUCUUGUACUUUUUGUGGUACAUCAGAUAAUGACGUAUGUAUUUUGAUUGUGUGUUUAUGAAUUAUUCAAUAUGGGUUGCAUUGUGGAAGAAUAACAAUUGAUAGUUUCAGUCUUCAUCUUUUAGCAUGCUACCCUGAGAGUCUGGUUUAAAACGAUAAAUGAAUGCAAUCGAUUCCUCUGCAUGGAGGCAGAGAGGAAUUAGAUUCUUGACCCAGAGAAGCAAAAAGAUUAAACCAGAGACAGAGUUGCGAGCGAAAACAUCUCUGUCCCUCGGAUAUUAAUGUUUUCAUUGUCCAGAUGACAAAAAGUUUAAUUUGGCCUGAUGAUCGUUUUCCCAAUUUCCACUUGUGUUGAUAUAUAGUAUUAUAGAGGAUAUUAGACGGUGGCGCGAAGAGAUGACUUUUUAUCUUCGAGUGGUGAAAACAAUAUUUUACGAACGAGCGCAGCGAGUGAGUAAAAUAUUGUUUUUAACACGAGAAGAUAAAAGUCAUAUCUUCAAGCCACCGUGUAAUGUUCUGUUUAUUAUAUAGUCCCAAGCAAAAAAUUGUAUAACUAUACUAAACUAGUCACGUGUUCGAUAUCUUCACUAGUGAAGAUAUGGAAAAUAUGUCACUGUGUAUUUCUCAGUAUCUCACUCUCUACUAUAUAAUAAAACUGUAUAUCAACACGGAAAAUGUUUUAUAUUUGUUAAAUAAGUCGCAAUAUCUUUCUUUUCCAAGGAUCAAUUGUUAUUCUGUGACGACUGUGACCGAGGCUAUCACAUGUAUUGUUUGGACCCUCCUAUGGAUACACCACCUGAAGGUAAGACAAGACAACCAGUUUGGUUAUGUGUAGGGUUCUUUUCAACAUCUGCUGUCAGUGCUAAAUUUCAUUCUUCAUUUUUAGGGAGCUGGAUAUGCAAGUUAUGUGAACAAAAUGAGAUGGUCUCUAGCUAGGUAGUCGUAAAUGCCCUAUUAGUAAUGAAAUUUUCAAUCUUCAACAUCAUAUGCACAGCCACAAGCUCAUGCAGCCAGACAGAUGGAAAGAGUAGUAGACUCUAAUUCUUAUAAUAGAGACACAGAGUAACAUAUGUUACAACUGGUUAUAUGUUAAUACUCUGUGAUAGAGAGGUUCAGAUUUGACUUCCACUACCUCUCACAGUCUCACUGGCUUGGUAGUCGCAUCUGAUUGGUUAAUCGGAUGUAUCCUAUCAAACGCAUCCGAUUGGUUAUUAGUCCAGUAAUGGUAGCGGUAGUCAAAUCUGAACCUCCCCAAUAUGACAGUAAAGAAAUUCAAAUUUUUACCUAUAGAUAUCUGAGAAAAAUGUCUCGACAAUUGUAUUGUGUAUUGAGUAAUGUGUAUUAUAUUUGCCGUGGCCUGCAAAAGACUGUACGUUUCUGGGAAUUCUAGCAAGAAAAGGACGUUAAUUUUGUGGUCUCAUAUAAAUGUACGACGUCACCGUUCUUUUUCGACAUACCGAAUCACAACCAAUCACAACUCAUGAAACAAAUACAUACGCUGUAUACCAUCCACAUAGCUCAGGCUAGUGGUACCAUCAUACAACGAAGAACAUUUUACGGAAUUGGUACGAAGGCCGGAUGGAGGACAGUGAUUUUUUCAACCUUUGUAAAAAUCCUUGAAAAGCGAUAAAAAUACGGAUAUUCAUCCCACAAUUUAUAAAAGGCAAGUUGAAUUUUUCAUACUGAAUUUUACCAUGCAAUCAACGACCAAUUUCAGAAAGCUUGAAAAAAUCACUGUCUAGUGGGCGAUCAGGAUAGCACUAUGACCUAUAGCCUAUGUGACUUUUGUACAACCGACCGGAGUAACAAUACAUUUGAAAUAGGAAACAGAAUUGUAUCAGUCUAUCUUUUCAUCAAAUGAAAUACAAACACAUCUGUCACUCCCAACACCGUUCUGUUAAUUUACAUGUACGUACG